AAGGGGAGGGGAGCAGUGUGUGUGGACUCUCUCGAUGUGGCCUCCGCGUGUUUUUGUUAACUUCCAACUCCCCAGGAUGUUCUUCUCUCACUGCUGCCCAAACUUAAAGUGCAUAUGUUGGGAGCCGCAGACGGAUCGCUCUGAAGUCUGUCUGACUCACGGAUGUGACGGGCGUGGCCACGCCGCAGGUAAAUAUUGGAGGAGAAGCAGGUUGAGGGAUAGCACUGAGCUGAUGGACAUUAACCAGCUUGAAGAGCAGUAUCACUCCAUGAGGCAGAGACAGCGGCAACAGACCCAGGUUGUCUUCAGACCAGAUGAGAAUAAACGAGCAAGAGGAGAAUUCUUCGACCUGCCGAUCAAAACUGUGUCAGUCAACUGCACAGUGGGAAAAACACUGGGGUUUGAAGAAGACCUUCCCGUCAACAGCAUUGUGCUUGACUUUCCAAACAAGGAGCACAUCCAGGGUGGUGAAACUCCAUGGCGCACUCACCUCGAUAUCCACCGCAUGAUGCUGGCUCAGAACCCAGGUGCCAAGGGUCUGGUGCAGAAAGGCAAGGGGUCGGAUAACCAAACGCCCCAAGACGUUUUGAUGAGCAAAAGCAUUCCGUCAAGCAAGGGUGGAACCUCUCAUAGCCACAACAAACCCAACGGGGAGACAAGCACCCAUUUGGCCUGGAAAACUGAUGGCCUGGAGAAGAGGUUCCACUCAUUCAACGUUCAUAAUCACUGCAUCCCUCAGAUCAACAAAAGAUUUUCAUUCCCAAAUGAGAGAUCAAACAUAUGGGCGAGCAAAAUUGGCCAUGUGACCAGAGUAGCUCCAAUUGCAACCAAAGCAGAUUAUUACCCAUUCCCACACAUGAAAACUCCGAGGAAAUCUGCCACUGCCAAGAGUCUUGGUUUAUACAAGUGUUGAGGCAUCCCCAGCAUCAGCAGUCCACAAUUCCAAUUCUGGCUCCACAGAAACACAAAUGUGUCUGGUCCACUCUGAGCAUUUUAUUUUUUUCUUUAAGAACCUCAUGGAAGAAACUUUAAAAAAAAAUAAAAUAAAACUGCUCCUUAAAUAGACUGGCAAGUAAACCAAAUCCAAGUUGGUGUUACAGUGGUACUAGGUUAGAUGGCACAUUGCCAGUUCGCUUCCCUUGAUCUUAAAUCGUUAUAAAUCAGAUGUUUGUGUUAGCUAGGUUGAAAACCCACAAAUGUUGACAGUAGAUUUUAUUUUAAAGUCAAUAUAAUUUAUGUAAAUGAUGUAAUAAAGUAAUCAUAUCAAUUGUU